GGCGAUGAUAGCGGACAUUUCUACAGAGAUUACUGCGUUAAGCGAUUCAAUCCCAGCGGCGGCGCCCCGACGCUUCAGGGUUUUCCGCGAUGCACUAAGCCAGGUGUGAGUAUAAAGAGUAGGCCGUCCGACCGACUGGCAUAGUAUCUCAUCGGCAGCUCUUCAGAACACAUCAUGAGGGCGAUCGCUAUCCUGUGCGCGCUGGUGCUUCUGCUGGCCGUGGCCAACGCCACAAAGGGCAAGGGCUUCGGCGGCGGCGGCUACGGGGGUGGCUACGCGGUACACCACGUCUAUCAUCCUGUCUACUACCACCCGCAGCCGAUCUACUACGGAGGAUACGGCCACGGCGGCUAUGGCUACGGUCACGGCGGCAUCAGCCACGGCGGCGGCUACGGCUACUGGAAGUAGAUUGACACGGACACGGCAUGAAUUAUUGCUCAACCUGGGUCAGUCGGAAUGGCGCUGAAAAGCUGUUUCGGCUGGGAGAUGUGAAAAUUAUCGCAAACAUUUUUUAUACGGCUCACUGCGUUCAUUUCAUUGCUGGAUAUAUGAACCAUGAACUGUGAACAAUACCUGUGACUGUUUGGCACUGAUAUCACCGUUUUAGUGUUGAAUACAUGUGAUAUGAAUGUGU